CUUCAUUUUUCUGUAAUUCUCUUCUGAACUUUCCUCCAUAGAUACCAAUUCACAACUACAUCAUCGUACCCGCAUCUUCCGUAAACAUGGCUACGCUUGCUGAUUCAUUUCUCGCCGACCUAGAUGAACUCUCUGAUAACGAGGCUGAAAUUCCAGAGGACAACGAUGUGGAUACUGCAGACAUGGAAGAGGAUGUUGAUGGCGACUUGGCCGACUUGGAAAACCUCAACUAUGAUGACUUGGACAGUGUUUCCAAGUUGCAGAAAACCCAGAGAUACAGUGAUAUUGUUCAGAAAGUGGAAGAGGCGCUUAAAAAGGAUUCAGAUGUCUUAGUUCAGGGAGUGGAUUUAGAAGAUGAUCCUGAAUACCAGCUGAUUGUGGAUUGCAAUGCACUGUCAGUUGACAUUGAGAAUGAAAUUGUUAUUAUUCAUAAUUUUAUUCGUGACAAGUAUCGCUUGAAAUUUCCUGAGCUUGAGUCGUUGGUGCAUCACCCAAUAGAUUAUGCUCGUGUUGUUAAGAAGAUAGGAAAUGAAAUGGAUUUGACUCUUGUUGAUUUAGAAGGGCUUUUACCUUCGGCCAUUAUCAUGGUUGUCUCUGUUACCGCAUCAACUACAACUGGCAAGCCACUUCCAGAAGAAGUCCUUAGUAAGACAAUUGAGGCCUGUGAUCGAGCUCUGGAUCUUGAUUCAGCGAAGAAGAAAGUUCUUGAUUUUGUUGAGAGUAGAAUGGGCUACAUUGCACCUAAUCUUUCUGCUAUUGUUGGGAGUGCUGUUGCAGCUAAACUCAUGGGGACAGCUGGUGGUCUAUCAGCUCUUGCAAAGAUGCCUGCUUGUAAUGUUCAGCUUCUUGGUGCCAAGAAAAAGAAUCUUGCUGGGUUCUCCACGGCAACAUCUCAAUUUCGUGUAGGUUACCUUGAGCAAACAGAAAUAUUUCAGACUACUCCUCCUUCUUUGAGGAUGCGAGCAUGCCGAAUCCUGGCUGCUAAGUCUACACUUGUAGCACGAGUAGAUUCAAUACGUGGGGAUCCAUCUGGAAACACGGGAAGGGCUUUCAAGGAUGAUAUCCUCAAAAAAAUUGAGAAGUGGCAGGAGCCCCCUCCUGCUAAGCAACCAAAACCACUUCCAGUUCCUGAUUCUGAGCCUAAAAAGAAGAGAGGUGGUCGUCGGCUUAGGAAGAUGAAGGAAAGGUAUGCAAUAACAGACAUGAGGAAGUUAGCCAACAGGAUGCAAUUUGGAGUCCCAGAAGAGAGUUCAUUAGGAGAUGGUCUUGGGGAGGGCUAUGGAAUGCUUGGUCAGGCUGGCAGUGGCAAGCUUCGUGUGUCUGUUGGUCAAAGCAAACUUGCUGCAAAAGUUGCUAAAAAAUUCAAGGAAAAGAAUUACGGUAGUAGUGGUGCUACAUCGGGUUUGACAUCUAGUCUUGCAUUCACACCAGUGCAGGGUAUUGAGCUCACAAAUCCACAGGCUCAUGCACACCAACUUGGAAGUGGAACUCAAAGCACCUACUUCUCUGAAACAGGAACAUUUUCAAAGAUCAAGAGGACAUGAAACCACGCAUGAAUACAGAUUCUUGUUCAGUUCCCUGGAUUGUUCUUGGUGGACUUACCUAGAAUUUGUUGAUCCUGAUGGAUAUUUCUUGAUAGGUUUAUGGCAGAUUUUUGAAACGUAGCUAUGUAUGUUAUUGAUAUCAUGUGGGAAGUUGGUUUCAUUCACAGGGAGACGUUCCCUUGUAUAUGACAUCUGCACACCACCAUGUUCUAUUUUGUGGUAACAAAGAAAUGAUGAUUAACAUAGUGACCA